AGCCUUUGUUAGCAGGACAACAGGAAACAUGAGACAACUUUCAGAGACAGUAACCAACUGUGGCCACAAGAUGGCAGCAGCUGAUCUGAGAUCCUUUAUUGGACAGGUUGCAACCCGUUCUGUCUCCCUUUGUUCAUUGUUGCUUCGUCUGUGUUCCCACCCCCAUGUCCUCAUAGUCACAGAGUCAUAGUGUGUGUCAUAGUGCCCUCAUAUUAUCACAGUAUGUCAUAGUUGUUCAUAGGUUUCUUAGCUCUCCUGUCACCAGCCAAAUAAAGGCUCGCUUUUGGUUUCAAGUUCCAUCUCUCUGCCUAUGUCUGUUCGUGGGUCGUCUACAUACACUCCACAAGCGAGACAGGAGAGGAACCUGAUAACAGCUGAACGUUCUUUUGUUCACACGGAAAAUAGGUGUGAAAGGCAAAAUUAUAAAUUGUUUCUAAAAAUAAUUAAAUAAAGCUGUUUUAUUAAAUUAAUAUAUACAUAAUGCAAAUGUGCUCAUAAAUGAGUUGACUCUGUGUUUUCAGAGUUAACAGAUUCAUUCAGCGAUAUUGUCUGGAUCUGAAAUAUUGCAGGUACACGCAGAGUGCAGAGGAUUUUUACACAUACACUGAUAAUUGUUUUCUAUAAGUCUCUGGGUCAGGAAGUCCAAACAUGAUGUCCUGAACUGGGCCUUAGAAUACGAUGAAGGAUAACAUUAGAUAAUCAAGGCAGGAUGUGUUUUUGUGUCCAUGUGUUUCUGAUUCCAGGAGGAGCAGAUACCAGGUGAGGUCGGAUGUGGACGGGGAGGAUUCGCAGCAGACUGCCACGUUGGAUUUGGGAGAAGAUAAUAAUAUUUUGUCAUUGUCAAAGUAUAAAAGCUGUACAGCCCAUUUCAGGGUUAGGGUUUGGGUCAAAGUGAAACUAGAAAUAUUUAGAAUAACAAUGAGUUCACAGCGUGAGGAGGUCUGAUGUUCCAACAGUGUUCAGGAUGAGAAUUAUUACCUGCAACGCUCCAGUUUGACCUCAUGGUGGCAGUGCCGUCUCACUGUUAUAAUGGCUACACUCAGACUACAGGAGAGAACAAGAGGCUGUACUAAAACUCUGAUGUUUUAUCGCGUGUUUAUGACAUCAUGCUGACGUCAGCCUGAUAAUACCUGUUGAUUCAACUUAACAGCCAAGGUUUCCAAGGUUCUUAAAUGAACCACAAACUACAGGGUAAGAGUGAGCUGCUGAAAGUCAGAUCUGUUCUUCAAAGCAGACUUUCAGCUUUAUUACAAACUAAGAGUCGGAUCAGCACAAAUACUGACACAGAGAUGGCUGCUGGCACUGCGCUGCUCUGCUGCACUUUGCUGUUUGUCCUUGUCUUCGUCUCUGCAGACCAGAAAACCAUCACAGCUGAGUCUGGACAGGACGUCACUCUGACAUGUCGAGCUCCAAACAACAACAUUAGAGUAAUAAAGUGGGAGAGAUUUGACCUGGGAGAUGAUUAUGUGCUUUUGUACCAGGAUGGUCUCUCUGAUUCAACACACCAGCAUCCAUCUUUUAAGAACCGGGUGGAUCUGCAGGACAGACAGAUGAAGGAUGGAGACGUGUCUUUGAUUCUGAAGGAUGUGACGAUUAAUGAUGCUGAAACAUACGAGUGUCGUUUCUUCAUGGAAGAAACUCGCUCAUGGAAGUCCAUCAGUAGCCUCAACCUGAUUGUUACAGACCAGAAAAACAUCACAGCUGAGUCUGGACAGGACGUCACUCUGACAUGUCGAGCUGCAAACAACAACAUCAUUAUUUUAGAGUGGAGCAGAGCUGACCUGAGAGAUGAAUAUGUGCUUUUGUACCGGGAUGGGCGAUGUGAACCAGACGACCAGCAUCCAUCUUUUAAGAACCGGGUGGAUCUGCAGGACAGACAGAUGAAGGAUGGAGACGUGUCUUUGAUUCUGAAGGAUGUGACGAUUAAUGAUGCUGGAACAUACGAGUGUCGUGUCGUCCAGCGAGUGGGAGGACCUAUGACUCUGAUCAACAGCACCAACCUGAAGUUGUUCCUCCAGGUCAGACAGGAGGACAGAGGAUGGAGGGAAGGAGGAUGGAUCUGUUGGACUGAAAGUUGGUCUGUCAGUUUCUCGUACUUCUUCUUCUUUGCUGUUGGUUUCCUGAUCUACAGAGGAUGUAAACUGAAUCCUGCUAAACCUCAUGAAGCAGAGGAUCUUCAGCCUGAAU